AUGGCCAACAGAGAUGGCGGCCAAGGGCAGAAGGGGAGUCAUCAGGACUUCCGGAGCCUUCAAGCAAAGUUCCAGGCCUCUCAGCCCGAGACCGGCAAGCUCCCCAAAGUAUCCCCGAAGCCCGAGUUCAACAAACUCCUCAAAAAGUUUCCACAGCCUGAGCUCGGCGAGCACCCCAAGAAGCACCCCCUGCCCGAGUUCACUAAUCUGCCCAAGAAGCCCUGCAAACUUGAGUUCAGUGAACUCUCCAAGAAGGUCCCACAGCUCAGGGCCACUCCAUUCCCCAGCAAGCCCCUGCAGCCUGAGCUCAGCCACGGCCCCAGGCCCCCCAUAGGGCCCAAGUUCGGUGCAUUCCCCAGGAAGUCCCAGCAGCCUGAGUCCAAUGAGGCCACCCUGAAGCCCCCCCAGCCUGAGUUCAGUACCGUUCCCGAGAAGCCCCCGCAGCCUCAGGUCAGUGGUCUCCCUGAGAAGUCCCUGCCGCAGCCCGAGUCCACUGAGGUCCCCCCAACGCCCCCUUCAAAGCCUGAGUCCAGUGAGCCCCAGCCCCACUCCUCACAGCCCAACUUCAGUACAGUCCCCGGAAAGAUGCCACAGCCUCCGCUGAGUGACCUCCCCGAGAAGCCCCCGCGGCCCGAGUGUGGUGACCUCCCCAGGACGUCCUCGGGGCCCGAGUGCAGCCUGCUCCCCAAGGAGUUUCUGCAGCCCGAGUGGCGGGGGCCGCCCUGCAACUUCUCGCAGCCCAAGCCCAGAUCUCUGCCCAGGAAGCGUUCGCAGGCUGAGUUCCUCGGUGACCUCCCUAGAAAGCCUCCACUCCCUGGCUCCCGUUCAGAGAGCUCACUGCCCACUGCCGUUGCAGGCACCAGCCCUAGGUUUCCACUCAGCCCAGGGUUUGGAGCCAGGCAGCAGAGAUCAGGAGCCCUCGCUCGCGGUGGAGGCUUGAGGCUGGGCCUCAAACCUGGCCACCCACCCCGGCGGAGGCCUCUGCCCCCGGUCAACAGCCUGGGCGCCCCUCCAGCCAAGCCCCCACUUCCCCCAGGCCCCAGGGACGUCCAGAGAUUUCGGAGGACCUUGGCAGCAGGCACAGCUCUGACGAGGAGCUCUUCUGCCGGCCUCCUCCACUUCCGGGCUCGACAGCCUGAAGACAUCCCACAGGACCCAGAUGAGGCCUACGAGCUGUACGAUGACGUGGAGCCCACAAACAACUCCAGACCCAGCCCCAAGGGCAGAGAUGAGGUGCUGUCUACCCAGCAACCCCCCAGGAGGCUACCUCAAGACCAGGGGCCCAGGAAGAAGGGCCCCCAGCCACAGCAGUUGCCACCCACGGACCUGAAGUCUCUGAAGCAGAUCCGGAAGGCAGAGAAAGCUGAGCGGGAGUUCCGGAAGAAGUUCAAGGUGUGA